CCUGUUGAAAGACUGCUUAUUCUUUUGUGGGGACUUUUUUAAGUCUUUGGAUCCAGACUUUCUGUUGACAUGCUCUUGUGAUUCUAAAUAUAGAGCCAUUGAACUAGUAUUGACUAAGUGGAGAGGCUCCGUGGCACAUGUUGGUACGCCUAAAAGAGAUAUACAGUUUUUACACCAACAUAUUUAUGAAGCAUUCUGUUCAGCAGUCGAGGCUAAGUUGACGUAAUCAGGUAGCACAGGAAAGCGGAAUCGAGUCACGGUCAUAAUCACAGGUAGCAGGCACAGAGGCAGCAGACGGACUUGCUAGCAGACGACACUCUCUCUCUCUCUCUUCAUCAUGGGUGCCACCAGAAGCCCACACCAGAGGGGGGAGCCUAGUCCAAGAUGGAGGACGGUCACGAUGCAGGAGCAGAUGCCAGCGCAGAUGAUGUAGAAAUAUCUGCUGCAGCACCCAAAGGCCGAGGGAGAUUGAGAAUCUGCAAGCAGUGCAAGUUCACCUGUACAGACUCUAUCGAGUUCCUCCAACACCAGACAAAAGCACAUGGUGAAGGAGAAGAUAGUCAUCCAUCUAAGAAGGCUGCACUCAAAGUGGCAGUCAUAAAGAAAAGAACUUCCAGAAGUGAAUCUGAGAUCUCAAUGGACAGCAUGACCUCUGAAAAGCUUAAUGGAGAAGAAGUUCCAUUUGUUACGGAGAUGUAUGAUGAACCAGAACAUGAAGAUGAUCGGCUCAUCAUUGCCGAGGAAAAUGAUCCAACUGAUGGACAGGACCCUUCUUCGGUAACGCCGACCCGAUGUGGAAAUAUCCAAAACAGAACAUAUGUAUGUAAUGUGUGUGAGUUCACCUCCACCAGUGCCAAGACAUACCUGCACCACCAGAAAGAUGACCACAAGUACGACUUCACAAUAUACGAAUGUGACAUUUGUGAGUAUGCAACCAAGUACAAGCAGAAGUUGCCACGGCACCGCAAGCUUCACUUCUCGGGGCAGGAAGGCAUGUUGCUGCCCAACAACACUUUUGAGGAGACUCCAAAUAACUCCCUUCUGAAUCAUAGCCAAGAAGAAGACAUGUCAAUGAUUGGUGAGGAAGACGACGAUGAAAUAGAUGAAGAAGAAGAUGACCCUGUUGUCACUGUCAUUCCACAGCCUGUAAUUGAAGUGCCUUUCAUCCCAGAGAAAAAGAAGAAAACUCGCCAAGAGGUGGACCCAGCCAAAUACUUUGAGGUUGUGGAUGACACUGGCAUAAAGUAUGCCUGCUCUAGCUGUGGGAAUGUGUACAAGUGGCGCAAGUCCCUCAACAAACACUGGAAAGAAAAGCAUGGAGGAGAGGUCCCUGAUGGCAGCAAGAAGCCACCAGGUUUGAUGUAUCUUGUAAACUCAGGCAAUCACACAAUGUACGGCAAGAGGCGUAUCUACAGCAACAGUGUCCUAGCAAGCAUGCAACAACCAUCAAGUGCCAAGUCUCCCUCGGUGUCCCAGUCACCAAGCCUAGUUCGAGCGGAAACCCCUGUCAGCAUGGGUUCAUUGAUGAAUGGUCCCUCGCCAAUAACAUCAGAUUAUACUGAAACCACCUCGGCACAGCCAGUUGUCUUCCCAAAAUUCAUUGGUCCUUUUGUGAACAACACCACCCCCUCAGCCUACACACCACCAACUGCUACCUCGAUACAAGAUUAUGUGUCUGCUCAUAUUCAGAGACAAAAGGAAGAGGUUGAGGGUGCCAAGAGGCCACAGUCUAACUCAGGGUCACAAGAACAACCUUUAGACUUCUCCGUUAGGAAAGAUGACAAUCCUACACUUGAUCCCAGCUUCUUCAAAGUCAAGAUGGAACCUUUAUGGAUGGGCGACGAAGAUCCAAAGGCCUCGCUUACUGAUGAAUCUAGCAAGAAUAACAAUGCCAUUCUACAAUGUACCAAAUGUUCCUUUGUAGCUAAAACGUUGGUCGACUACAGCUCACACAUGACUUUGCACCUCAACAGGCGGGCUUUCAAAUGUGCCGUCUGCCAAGAACAUUUCAAUGGAGUUGAAGAUUUGAACAAGCAUUUUCUUGAUGAGCAUGCAGAGAAAAUCCAAGAACACAAGGAUGCUAUUCAGAAAAUCCCCCAUGGCCUGCAGCAGACUUACCAUUUGCUAAAGAUGCCACUGGAUGCCAUCACUCACCUCUCAUCCCAGGAUCUAUCCUCCACUGAUUCCAAGCAGUUGAAGUGUAACAUGUGUGACUUUGUAGCCAAGUGGCCAGCAGAGCUCCAAAAGCAUGCUGUGUCACAUUCAGAAGAGCGUCCGUUCAUGUGCAUGGUCUGUGGAUCAACAUACAAAUGGAAAUGGGACCUUGUAAAACAUUUUGAGAAGAGUCACCAUACACUACCAAAUCCUUACAAGAGACGUGAAACAUUGGGAGGAGGUGCCAACAAAUCCAACAACAAUGAUCAGAGCCAUACCUCUGCUGACGACAGCCUCCUGUACACCUCCACAACUGACGAUUUAGAUGAUCUGGCCUACAUGCAGAGGGAUGGGGAACCAAUGUCCAAACGCAGGAGGAUGUCCGACUCUGAUAUGCCGGAACUAAUUCCCAAACCAAGAGAUGAUGACCAUAUUGCUGUAUUUGAUGACAGCAGAGACUUGGGCAUAGGUAAGAAUAUACUGGAAGCUCCGUCACUGUAUGCUGAAAGGCCCUCGUCAUUGCCUAGUAAGUUAGACUCUUAUGCUGAUCCAGACCAUUCCAAUGAUGAUGAACACAGCACAAGUUCCAUCAAGAUUACUAAUGUGCAGUCCCUGUAUGAUGAUGAGAUGGACUACCUGCUAUAUAAGCAUGAUGCUGACAGUAUGAUUCAACGACCAGUUACAGAAGAAACACAGAAGGCUAUUGCUGCAACAGUGCGUCAAAGAUUGAAUAAUUUAGAUUCUCAAAAGUUCCUGCAAACCGACAUGAACUCCAACAACAUUAAUUCAUCCUGUGCUGAUAUCCUGUUGCCCUACAAGUGUCCCAAGUGCGAGUACAGAGCAAGGUGGCCAUCUGAGAUCACCCAGCACAUGAAGAACCACUCUGACGAGAAGCCAUAUCACUGUCCUCGAUGUAAUUACAGGAGCAAGUGGAAGUGGGAUGUAGUGAAACACCUUAAGCGUUGUGGUGGAGGAACCAUAAAAGACGUGAUCGAUACUUCUAGAUUCAUGGGUAGCAAACGUAUAGCUCCUCCCAAUGUGACAGUCCUUCCUGAAGGCAAGCUCCAGCAACAGACACCCCAGCCCGUUGCCUACCUGGUCAGCUCCAACAACACUGAUCAUACAGGGGGACAAGGAGCAGUCAUUGUACCCAUCAUGGCAGGCCAGUCACAAGGAGCUCCACCUCUGAUAUCUGCAAAUCAAGGAAACACUCCAAUCCAGCCUAAGCCUGUCAAUACUGGAUCUAGUCAUCAAGUCAAACAAGGCAAUAACUCUCAUUCAUCCAAACAGCCUGUAUUCAGAAGCCUCAUCAACCAGGGUCUGUAUCACUGUCUAGAAUGCCCUUUUGUGGGUCACAGCCCAGCUGAACUUAAGCGUCACUCUGUGCUGCAUUCAGAGAACAAACCCUUCACCUGUGGGACCUGCGGCUACAGCUCCCGAUGGAAGUGUGAUCUCAAGAAACACAUGAGAACCUACAAUCACUUUUCCAGCCAAGUGUCAAGAUCUCCAGGGCUUAACGGAGAUGAUUCUGGACAUACCGACAGUGACGAGCCUGACCGUCCAGAAAGACAAGUGUUCACCUGCACUAAGUGCCCAUAUGCAACUACUAAACAUCAUAUCUUGGAAACUCACAUGAAAAUCCAUGGGACACCAUCAUCAUCAUCAUCAUCAUCUCCUGCCAAGUUCAAGUGUAAGCAGUGCGAUUUCCAGGUGAAUGAUCUCUCAAAUUUCCUCCAACACAGAGUCACCCACUCCAAUCAAAAUGCAGCUGCUUCAGCUCAAGCCUCUCCAAGUCCAUCUGAUGUUCAGAGACAUGAAGAGAUCGAUGCUGCCCGCCUUAAACAUCCCAGAAAGGCAAUGAAGAGGCUUCAAUGCUCAAAAUGUGACUUUGUAUGCUCCAAAAGAGAAACCAUGGAAAUUCAUGAAGCAGAACAUGAAAAAGAACUUAACUAUAAAUGCUUCUAUUGUGACAUGACAGUGAAUGAUAAGGAAUCGCUGCUCGACCAUAUCAGUACUCAUACCGAGUUCAACCCAGACGAGUGGGAGACAUUCUUUAUGGAAGAUGACCAGUCUGAUGAAGAGGACGAUCAUCUCCCAGAACGCACAAAAUUCACUGUGGCUAGAUCAACUCCAACAGAUGCUGUUGAUGUGCCAUCUCCACCUCCACUGAAGAUGUUCCAUCCCAACCAGCAAAGGGCUAACACAAUUGCUCAGAAAGACUUCCAUUCAAUUGGACCACCGCAACUACACAUUCCACGAUCUAUGCAAAAUAGUCAACAAGUGAUGUCUUCCAAAUCCGUAUGCUCCCCUUCUUCUUCACAUUUGUCACUUAUCAGUGGUAAUAAUGGACGAAGUGCAGGAUCGAUAUCAUCGAUACAUUCCAGAAACAUUCCUCAACAGCAAACCUCCAAAUCCAACCAUGUAUCAGGCCAGGGAUAUGAACAUUCCACCUUGAGGAAUAUCCAGCCAGCCCCAGCAGUCACACGUAAACGCUUUACUUGUGAGUGGUGUGAAGCAAUGUUUGCCCAUGUCACAACAUUGUAUCAGCAUGCCAAGAAUGUACAUCCUCUAGAACUUCGCAAACAGGAAUUGGCAGAAGCAGCUAGGUCCUCCUACCAAGAUUCUUCAUCAAAUCAUCAGUCAUCACAAAAUCAAAAUCCUCAGAGACCACAGCAGAGACAACAGCAUCAACAACAGCAACAACAACAGCAACUAUCCCAUCGACCAAAGCCACUACAUUUGGUAUCAAGUCCACAGUAUAACCAGCCGAAACAGUCAUUAGUAUCUGAGAAUAAGCGACAGUUUCUUGAUACUUUAAGACACAUACUGCCAAAUGAUAGCAAACAGAGCAACAUGCAUAACACACAUGUCAAAUCACAAGGCAUGACUGCUGAAAACAUUACCAGUACUCUAAUGAGAGCUAAGAAAAGCACCAGCCCUCAGAAGAAAGCUAGAUCCUUCCAGUGCACCAAGUGCCCCUUUACUGCACCAAAUGCUGUCACGUAUCUCCGCCAUGUGGAACGCCAUGGCAGUAAUUGCAAACAUACAUGUUGGUUCUGUGAUUACAGCAUUGACCGCCUUAACCUCCUUUAUCAACACAUGAAGGGAUCUCAUUCUGACAAAUGGAAGGGGUCCGAAAGUGAGAUGCAGCUCCCAGCAGGCCCUGCCCCUACAUAUCCCAUUAUUGUAGAGGACGAUCCACACACCAUGGAGAAAAUCAGAGCUGAACUCAACUUUGCAAAUAACUAUCAGAAGAACAAGAAACCUGUCCUGAUCCUCAAGGAACAGAUGACAUGGAGAGGAGUCCCCAUCCAGAUCUGUAGCAUGGAUGGGAAGAAGAGCUACAAAUGCCCUAAGUGCUCCUAUGUUAACAGCAAUAUUGCCAAUGCUGCUAACCAUGUACGCCAACACGGUUCGAACAGAAAGUACCAAUGUAAAUACUGUGACUACUGUAGUGACAAUCUGAAACUCAUCUACCAACAUAUGGACAAAGUGCACCCUAAGGAACCAGCAUUCAUUGAAGUCACGAAGAACAUUGAAGUGGGGUCUGCAGACAUUGACUCCGAUGAGAGAGAGAAUGCCGAGAUGGAGGGAGAAAUGGAUGCAGAAAUGGAAGCAAAUAUGGAAGAGAAUAUGCUGAUGAGCUGCCCUAAGUGUCCCUUCAAGGCCAAGCUGUAUGACAUCUACCGUGCUCAUGUGUUGAUGCACACCUACAAUGGACAGUACAAGUGUGAACACUGUGACUACAGUGUGGAUGAUCUGGGCAUCCUAACCCGCCAUGCUGUUGUCCAUGAAGAGAAGGACCGUGAGAAGGACGGCAGUCUAACGCCAGAAAAGAAACACUUCACAAGCAUGCUGAACUUGAAGAGAGUGAAUGAUGAAGCUCCUUUACCUGCAAAGUCCAGUCCCAACAAAGCUGCUGAGCUGGCCACAAAGCUACUGACCAUGCAAGCCAGGCAAGUUCUACAGAAGUCCCGUUUAAGUGGCCGGGUUCGCUACAGGUGCUCUAGAUGUCCAUACAACACCUUCUGUAAGAACAACAUCAUCAAACAUCGUAAACAACACAUUAUCAAGAGUCGCUACAAGUGUCCUCUUUGCAACUACAGUGCAAGUCGAGCAUACCUGCUCCAGCAGCAUAUCAAAUUCCAUAAAACUGAAAACAACAGUCCUGAAAACUCUGCUGAGAAGAGCUACCAAGACAUUGUUUUAGAUCCUUUAGAUAAAAGCAACAAAGAAUAUGAGAAGUUGCAAGAAGAGAUCGAGGCAGAAGCCGAGUCUAGACCUGAUGGUGCAGGAGAGGAGAUGGAGGGAGAAGAUGACAUGGAAAUGGAAGAAGAAGUCACUGAAGAAGAGCCUGAAGGGGAGGAGGAUGAACCAGAGGCAGACGUUGACAUGGAAGAAAAGACUGAUGGUGACAAUACUGGUGAAGAGGGUGAAAAUGCUUUAUCCAUCCUGUCACAGCACAGGAGUUACAGAUGUAAAGACUGUCCCUUCAGCAGCAACUCUGGGACAGAGUUUCGCAAACACUGUUUGCUUCAUGGUGCAGCACACAGAUACAAGUGUGACUUCUGCUCAUACAGCCUGGACAGACUCAACCUGCUGACCCAGCAUCGCCGACUUCAUGCUGAUGAACCAGACUUUGAUCCUGCACCACCACCAUCUGCUCUCCUGAAUCUGGAUGUUCUCCGACUGGAAUCUGAGAAACAUGUAGAGAAAGUGUCAUCUACUCUCGAGAACAGUGAAAGUGCUGAGCCUGAACCAGUGGAGGAGAGUGAGAGUGAGCCUAUGAGGUACUCCUGUCCCAACUGUCCUUUCAAAAGCAAUGCACUCAAGAGCUACAAUGUCCACUUCCAGAUGCAUGGAAUAAAGAAGAAGUACAUCUGUGACUACUGUGACUGGAGCAUUGACAGACUAAACCUGCUGUACCAACACAGAAGAGUUCAUACAAAGCAACCUGGAUUCAACCCAAGUCCUGACGAAAUCAACAUUUUGAACAGGGACUAUGCUCUUGAAGCCCCUGGAAAAUUUGAAGCUCAGAUCAUGGGCUUCAAUAAACAUGUUGAAAAUGAUAAUAAAAGUAAAGAGACUGUUGAAAAGAAGAAUUUGUACAACUGCAAAAGUUGUCCAUUCAGUACCAGCAACAAAAACAGCUUUGCCUACCAUAAGAUGCUGCACCGAAUGCGAGCUCGCUACAUGUGUCCUGAAUGCACCUACAGUGUUGACCGAUGGAAUCUCCUGAACCAGCAUCUGCGUCUUCAUCAGGACACAAAGAAACAGCAGGAGUCUGAGGAACAUCAGCAGGGGCAGAUGAAAUGUCCCAAGUGCCCCUACCUAAGUCCAAGCACAGAGAUUUUAGAAUCUCAUCUAGGCAUGCAUGGAUCUGAGAACAAGUUCAAUUGUCAGUUCUGUGACUUCAGUGUCGAAACUAUCAUUCACCUGCAACAGCAUGUAAAGGUUCACGAAGAAAGGUCGAAAAGCUUGAUGUCUCCAGCUAAGAAUGGUGACCACGGAAGCUUGUAUGAGCCACAAAGUCCUGAUGUUGUGAAUCCCCAGCUGUACUUCAGUUCCCCAGAUGACACUAACCUCAGCGAGGACAGUGAGGAGAUGGAGCUUAAAUGUGACCGAUGCCCUUUCAGCACAACCUCCAAGGAGGAACUGGAUCGCCAUGACAACCAGCACAACACACCCAACUGCCUCCCUUGUUGCUAUUGUGACUUCAGCUGCUCAGCUGAAGAAGAGCUUCAGGACCACAUCGAGGUCCACUUCCCGGGUACUGCUGUUGAUAAGGAGGUGAUUAAGUCUAUCAUCACUAAACAUCAACUGGAGAAGAACAAUAACAGCCUGACUGAAGCCCCAGCAGUGAAAGAAGUGGCCAAGUCCCCGACAGAGACCAGCACCCCAGACUCCACUGUGGAGGAGGAGCAGAAGACCCAGAAGGACUCGGCAGAAGACAGUGCUGAUGCUAGGGCUAACUUGACGUCCACCAGUUCCAGGACCAAGGUCUAUGUGUGUCAGUAUUGUGAACGUGAGUUCGAAAACAAAAGCCUCAUGAUGCAGCAUGAACGCCAGCAUCUGAUUGGUCAUCAGUACUGAGCCUUUACCCGUAGACAAAUACCAUGAAUAGACUAGGAAAUAGUUUCCAGAAAUCUUUUACUAAGCUGCUGACUUUAUAUUUUUAUGAAUCUUUUGAGUAUUUAAAUUUCAUACCAGAAGUGCAACUUGCUGAGGUGACAUUUAAUCAGUGUAUCCAGUGCUGUGAGUCAAUCAUUCAAGAUAUGUGAAUCAAAGGAUGCUGAUGUUGAAAGACUGAAUUUAUAUGUCGCGAUGAAUGAAUGUUUUAUGUGAAUAUUAUGCAAAGACAGUGACUGACCUUGAGCUACAAGUGCAAUUAAGAGUGAGAGGUGACACAGUUGUGUGAGUCCGUGAAGUUGACAUUCCGUAGUUGACAUUUGAAAGUGCUGUAGAAGGACUUGCAAGUCUUCCAGUUGUGAAGCCAGAGUCAAGUAUAAAGGGAUUGUAUUCAGUGACUAUGAAAACAAUCUCUGCCAUGUGUAACUAGUUUGUUUGGAGGAAGAACAUACAGAACAAUCACACUGUGUCUGGAGGGGGAUUCUUUCCUUGGUGGAAAGACGUAUAUUAUUGCUGUGAAUCACAGUCCAGAUGAGUGUGAUGAAGACUGGUGACCAUCAUGAACAAUGGUGACAUGUAUCAAUAUAUGAACACAUUUGCCAUAAUACUGUUUUAUAUGCUUACCAGUAAACUCUGACCAUGUGUUGGCCAUGGAUUGGAUAUCUAUCAUCAGCAAAGGUUUGAUAGAUGGAAGAUAUUAUGGUAUAUUUUAUGAUAGAUUUAUAUGUCAGAUUUUACUGGUAUGCUCAACCGAGCCAAAUUGAGUGGACAAAUUAAUGCUUCAUAUAUUGGUUGUUUAUUAAUUCCCAGGAAGAAUGCAUUUUAUUGUGAAUACUUUCAAGGAUAUGUAAAUAGAUUAUCAUCAUGCAGAACACUAUUCUUCCAAUGUAAAGAAAUGCAGGAAAGUAUUAAGAAACUCUGAUAUGCUGAAAUUGUUUUUUAGCAGUACAACGAACACAGAUUAUACAACAUUGAAAUUGGAUGAACAAAUCUGAUGUCAGAACAAUUUUAUUGCCUGGCAGAAAUUUUAUUUUUUUCACAGUUGCCUUGUAGUUUAUAUAUUUGAGGGUUUGACAUAAUGGGACAAAUUUCAUUGACUAUGCACCUUUGUAUUGCUGACGGGACUGCCCAGUCAAUUAAGUGGGAAAUAUAUAUAUGCAUUUUAUGGAUAGUUUCCAUUCAUUAUUUGUAAAUACUUUAAAACAUAAAGGGACAUUAUUUUGAUAAGAUAUUUUGGUAGUCUACAGAUCGGUGCUGGUGGAUUUACUGUGAUGGUUGAACGAAGUAACGUGUAUCAAAUUAGUACCAUUGAUGUUUCAUUGUUUGCUCUUGAUUCCUGACAAAAUACUGCCACUUACGUGCAAUGAAGUACAUUGGAAAUCAUUUUGUAUAUUUAUGGAGAUAGAAAUCCUAUUAUGCAUAACAAAUUUACUGUUGAACAAAUCGUCUAGUAAAGCUUUUGAUCAAACUUUUGUUAGUUCAUCCACUUAUUUUAUCAGGUAGAUUUCUUAGAGCCAUUAGUUUUCAUUGUUGUACUGCUGUUGUCUACUCUGUUCCUUGAAAUCAUAUCCUGUACCUCAGAUGUUUUCUCCCAUCUCAUGUACAUUCCAAUAUUGAAAAUUGCACAAUGUCUUCCGUAUAGAUACUAUUGUGGGCACAACUAGUUAAGUACAUUGCAUCAGUAGUUAAUUUUGACUUGAGAGAUAAUAUGUUGUGUAUACAGACCAAGAACUGUACAGCAUCAUUUCCAAGUUUCAUGAACAAGGUGGAAAUUUAAAUGUGAUGACAAUUGGAAUUUAAGAAUUGAUUAUAAUUAGAUAUUACCAUUGAGGUCACAAAGCAGUUUGAAACUAGUAUGUAAAAACAAAUUCUCUGCAGAAUUGAUUCCGAAUGUGUUCAAUGAAAUUCAGUAACCAGGAUAUUGAACUGAAUUUUAGCACAAGCACAUGAUGAAAUUCAAAUGACACUUGAUAGUGCAAAAAUUAAUUUUGUAGACCCAAGCAAUGAAAUGUCCAUUUAAUCAUGAGAUAAAUUCUUUCUCUUGUUACUUUAUGCCAGAGAAAGAAGCUGUCUCUGAAGUUCUAUUGUUGCCAAAGUAGCUGCUCACGUUGCUGAGCGUAUGCACAGAAAGCACCUAUGCAGAAUAUAGAUGUGGUUAUAUACAUGUUGAUAUUUAUCCUCUACUCUGAUUAAUGAUUAACUUGUUGCCUUGAGAUGAACAAAGCUAGUAGCAGAUAACCGUUAUUUUUUUUAAUGAACAUUUAUGCAGAUUGCAACAAGGAGUAUAUAUUUUGUACUAAAUUUAUUAUGAAUAUCAUGUGCCUUCCUAUAAUGAUAUGUACAUUCCAAAGUGCUGAAAUAGAGUAUGGUUUGUUAACUUCCACCAAUUGUUAGUACUGUUUUAUUCACGACAAGUGCCUUAUCUGAUUGGUUGUCAUCCUUUUAAAGCCAGACAAAUUCCAUUCCAGGCUGACCAAAUCCCCUUUUAGAUGUAUGUUACAAUGUCAUGGAAGUGCACAAAACCUGUAUCCUAUGUAGUUCUCGUUCAGCAUACAGGAGUGAAGCUGUUUGAAAUUCAGCUUAAGAGUUCCAUCCAAAUUGAAAUUCAACAAAGUCCUUAAUGUCAACAUGGUGAUGAUGCCCCAUAUUUUUACAAAUGCUACGGUAUAUUGUCAGACAGCACAUGUACUUCAUCUUUCACACAAUAUGUCUGCCAAAAUAAUUGUUAAGUUUACUUAUGAUCCCUGUUGUGUGGGGAAAAUAACUGUUUCCAAAUAUUGAUGUUGUAAGUCAUGCUGACUGUCUUAGUAAGAUGCUGGGGAUUAUUGGCCUAGUAUGAGAACAACACAUCUCAAACUGUCUUGAAAAUUGUUAGCCAGACAAUGAUUUCCAUAUUUUUGUUAUUCUAAAAGUUUUACCUUCCCAUAAAAUGUGUGGGGGAGUUUUGUUGUAAACUAUCGACUCAUUUUCAUGACAAAGACAUUGUUAAAACCACAAUUAUUGUACAUGACGCAGAUAUUUUGGAAAUAACACUUUACCCUGUGCUAUCUGUACAUUCCAUCACCUCGGAUGACUUUGCUUACAAUGUUUGUUUUCUCACAUCUCAAAACAUUUACAGUUGACUAUGUGGAAAGUAAUUGAUGGAAAUAGUGAUGAAAUGAUUUGCUGGUUAUUUUUGCUGUAAGAAGCCAUUCCUUUCCUUUGUACCUUUCAUAACAUUCCUACCACUGUGGUCCAAUGCAUAUAGGGCCGUGUUGUAUUUAUAACUGAACAAUUUUAGCUUGUUUUAUUUUCAUGUUGUUUGUAUUUGCCUUUGGCAUAUGCCGAUAUUGCAAUAUUUAGGUGCUAUAUGUUCUGUAUAUUUGAUUUAAAGCACCCUGAUAGUAUAUAUAAUUGAGGCUUGAUUUCUAGUGACUUCAGCACAGUAGUAUGUACUGGUAUUUAGUUUCACGCUCUUCUGUUUUAAAUCCAUGGUUUCAAUGGUUGAUAUCAUAAGUUAAUCAAAUCAUAAUAAAAGUUCAUUUUGCUUGAAAA